AUGGCUGAAGCAACGCUCAAAGGAUUCUCUAGCUUCUUGGACUGGAAGCUUCUGACAUUCCAGAGGUCACUGCCCCGUGCCUUUACAUGCGACCUCUGCGGAUUGAUGUCGCAGACGUCAAUGGUGGCGGCCUGUAUGCACGCCUUCUGUCUUGAUUGUAACCAGCUCCUCCUGGUCGAGGCUAGUCCUAAAUGUCCUCUCGACGCAAGGGAAAUCAACCCAGACGAAAGCAAGCAUAUUGUUCUAGGGGAUGCCGAGAGAGAUAAGCUACUGGUCAGGUGCAUGAACGCUCCACAUGGUUGCGACUUUCGUGGACCACUUUUUGAUCUUGAAAAUCACUUUGUGAAGAACUGCAACUUCCACAUGGUGUCUUGCAAAACAUGUGGUGGCCCUGUUCUUCAUAACGAAGUACUGGAACAUUUGAAUGCAUGUGUCCUUCAAGAUAGAAGUGUGGCGUGUGCUGGACCACAGAGUAGUGUUUUAGAAGAGAAAGUGAAGUUUGACCAUGAGAACGGCGUGGAGAUCAAUGCGCUGGCAGCCAUUGCUGUUAUGUGCACAGGUAAUGACGUCAGUGUCCUCGUUGAGUCGAUGAGAAAGUGUUCCCAGUCUGUCAGGGAUCUCGAAAAUCUGGCAAGGAAUCUUGUCGAGUCUGUAAAGCACUGCGUUACAGUUACAGACGCAGACGAUUCAACAAACAAAACAUCAAGUUUUGUUGGGUCGUUAGAAAAUUGUACUAAGGUACUCAAAAAAAUCCAGGCUCUCUGCGAGAAACUUCCCAAUAACUGGGCGGCUACGUGCUUUCGGCCAGGUGACCUUGCCAUAGCAAAACACGAUUUUGUAUGCAGAAACUUUUCUUUCAAAGUGAACAAAACGCCAUCUGAAGCUGAAACUCACUAUUAUCCGGCAUGUUCUAAGGGAGAGGUAACAAUUAAUAAUUACCAGGUUCAGCUUUCGCCAAUAUGCCAAAAAAAGCCUCUUUGUGCCGCGUAUGUCAGCUUCAAAGUGGCGGUUGUCGGUCAAGCGAUAACAUCUGGGCUGUCGAUAGACAUCACACUAGUUCUGAUUAACCCAACCGAUGCUAGUCAGAACAAAAACCGCCCCCUGACGUCUGAUGAGCUCUUUAAGAACAGCGAUCCCCUAAAAGAAUGUCGCUUCCAUACAAGCUCAUUGCGCGAACAAGGCUUCAUAGUAGACGAUAUGCUUUUUUUGUGCUUGGAAGUAGUUGAAUGA